AUGGCUACAAGCAAAGCAAAAACCAUUGAUGGUAUUGAUGAUUUUAAAGAAAUGCUUGAAGUGAUGACAGCCCUUGAAAUUUCAUCGGGAGGAUUAAAGACGUUAGACGAGAUGAAAAGUCGAGUAAAGUCUGAAUUAGAACAGCUUCCUAACAUCCCCAGUUGGACUGCUGGUCAGGUAAACGUUUUGUAUAUCGAAAAAAGUCUCUAUAAUUUUCUAGAACGCUGUUUCUCAUCUCAAAUUGUUUAGAGGAUGCCAAACGGUAACAGCGUUGUCGAACUUUUCUUUGUGUCGUCAAUAAACAGAUAUGAAUUUAACUCUGGGUUUUACUCGCUCCCGUUUUUGGUCCUGUAUUUUUAAAUUUUAAACUCCAUUUAAACAAUUCAUCACGCAUGAGAUUACCAUCAUUAACUCCUCAUACAAUUUUUUCACAAACUUUCACGUGUUUGUGAGGUAUGGAGUGCAAAAGUUUUUUGUCGCUGUCACAAUUAACCUCAAAAUUUAAAGUGGUUUGGGAGCUUUUUAAGGGUUUCCAAUGCUAGUCGGAGCACGAAAAGAAACAUGCGAAAAGGGACUCACGAAGGAAGCCUUAUUAGAGCGACGAAACAUUUUGAAUUGAAUUCAUAACAUUGUGAUCCAAGCAGGACAUUGGGAGGACACGAAUAAAGCUUGUAAAUCAAAAGCCGUUUGGCAAUUCAGUUAAGAUGCUUUUCGAGUGUUCUUCUAACACUCCAAAUUACUUUAUUCUCUUAUAAAACCCGGAAAAUAUUUUAUUGCCUUUAUGAAAUUAUCAUAAAGAGAGAACAAUAAAUGUACCAGCUAUUCUGUGAUUUAGUCGCUGAUUUUUUCAUUAGAUCCGCUAAGAACAACUAAAACCAAUAUUAGUUAAUUAAUAUAUAUCUACUGCAAGAAAAUGAACUCCAGGCGAGCGGCAACGACUGCAUUGAUAAAUAAGAUGGCACCACGACCUAAGCGAAAUCGUACUGAAAACUUAGAAAAACUUUUCGCAUGCAAAUUGAAGCAAAAACUUUAAUUUGUUACGGUACACUGACUACUUCGAAGUAAACGACGAAAACGCGAAACUUGCUAGUUCGUGAGUGUUUUUUUAUUUUGUAUGUUUCUUCAGCAUAACGGUUCUUUGCACAGAUUCAACUCGAGAAAUUUUUCCCUUCUUGUGAUGUUCAUGAUAAAUUCCUAAAAAAAUUCGGUUUCGCUGAAUUAUGACGGAUGAAGAGGAGCAAAUUAAAACACGACAUGCUGAGCCAUGGGCAGAAUCUCAAUCGCCGUCAAUUAAUUUUAAUCGCGAUGCAGUAUUUUCCUUUCAUUUAAAUUCUCUCACUUCUUCCAUUUGAAUCAGCGGUUUUACUGAGCCUUCCACAGAGUCAAAAGUGAGAGCUAUAAAAAAGCUUGCACCUGGUAAAAAUUUAAAAUUGCAAACUCAUAUCGUUGACGAUAAACAAGCGGAAUCGUUUCGAACUCCAACCUAAUGAUUUUCUUUUGUUAUGUAGAGAAGAUCUUAGAAAAUUUUCGAAGAAAAUGCUCCUUUAAGUUAUUGCUACUUAAGAACUGAAGAAAUGAAAAAAGUAACUUUCGUUUUUUAGCUCCAUUAUUAUUCAGACGAGAGUGCAACCGUCCCAUUGCAAUUUGAACAAUCGUCUUGUUCAUAAAAUAAAAGUUACCUUAUCAGAGGGACGUUAGUGUAUGAAUAGUCCUCUUUCAUCCGAAUUCAACUUUCCAAUGCUUUGAUUAUCCCUGCGGGUGUUUCUGUUGUAAUAAAACAAGCUUGGACAAUGGAUUGAUUGAUCCGAUGAUGCUUGCUGCGUACAGUUCUUCUUUGAAAUACAAUAAUGACUGCUGGAACCUUUUAAGUAUCAUUCUCAGUCACGAUACCAGAAUCUCUCCUAAACAGUUACAAUUUCACUAUACAAAACAGCCAUUUCUUGUACAUUUACAUGCGAACUUCUCAUUUAUCCGUAGACCUUCUCUGUUUUAUCAAAAAUAAAAGAGCAAGAUGCCAAGGUUAAAGAAUUCCUGCUGAGCUUUUACCACGAAGUUGAAACGUGUUAUGAUGAUCUAGAUGACAAAAUUCAAACUCUGCUGCAGAAAAAAAUGGGUGAUGUAAAGGAAAAAAUGAAAAGCUAUCAAAUAAAAAAUGAAACAAGAAGAUUACUGCCUUCUAGUGGCAGGUACAUUUAAUUGUAUUAUUUCUUUGAGGUCUUAUAAAAAAGUAUGUGUUGUUUGGGGUUGAGAAAAGAGCAGAGAGAUUUGUUAUGAAUUAAAAACAGUUUACGCACCCAUUUCCAUGGGAAAAAAUUUUAACCUGUCCUAAAAUACCGAUUGCGCCCACUCCUUUCAUGAAAAUAUUUCACACUCAGAGGUGAAGAGCAGCCUAUCAUAUUAUACUUCAUACCUCAGCAACAACACAGAGAAAGAGAGCCUAAUUACACAGGAUUGUUACAACUCCAAAUUGUUAGCAGACCAGUGCUGUUUGAAUAACCAUGACCACCGAUGUGUUUCAUUUAAAGGUGAAACUGGAUCUGGAAAAAGCAGUUUGAUUAAUCUCAUUCUUGGGGAAGAGCUUCUUCCCUAUUCUAUUCUAAGCACCACGUCCACCAUAUGCGAGUUGAAAUACGGAGAAGAACGUAGAAUUGUUGCCCACUAUAAAGACAAAGACCCGGAAACGUUAUUGCCCAUGGAAACUUUCAACUUGGUUGAGCCUAAAGCUUCUGGAAAAAGUUACCAUGACCAGAUCUUUCCAUUUGUCCAGAGUGGUCGGGAAAUAGGCUCAGUUUACAAGAAGGUAGAACUCUUCUGGCCUCACAAACUUUUGAAGGUACCAUUGUCUAGUUUUGUUUGUAUCUCGGUUUGGAUGUAAUAUUUACUUAUGAACUUUUUAAAUCGUGAAGUGAAAAGCAGAAAUAUAAAUCCAAAGGAUCUUCAGAACACCCUUCUCGCGAUAAAUUUCAAUUUCUUUGCGAGUAUGAUUAUACAAUCGAUUUCGAAAACGUCAGCACCUUAAAAGUACGAUCUAUGAAUGAUGAGACCUAAAGGCUUUAUUGGAAAUGCUCGCACAGUUACAUAAUCAGUGCUUUUCUUUCUCAUUAUUUAUGGAAAACCUUUCUUCCUGAUAAUUCUUUUCUUCCAGGAAGGCGUGGAUGGCUUUUCUCAUUCACUAUGUGCAACUAAUUUUAGUUAUCAUCCACAUGUAUACCAGUGAAGCCGUUGGGUCUUAUCGUUCAUUCCUAAGCCUUUUUAGGUGUCAACGUUUUUGAAAUCGAGUUAAUGUAAUUGUUAUUACAAUUAGGCACUUUCAACUAUGUAGGAGAAAAUAGCCUUAGAAUAUCAUUGGUUCGUUUUCAGAAUGGAGUUGUUAUCAUUGACAGUCCCGGUGUUGGUGAGUCUGAAAUCAUGGAUGAAAUAGUUAGAGAGUAUCUGCCUGAGGCCUUUGCAUUUAUUUAUGUCAUCAACUGCACAAACGCUGGAGGAGUUCAGAAAGAUAGAGUAAGUCUAAUUAGGAAAUACAAUUUGCAAUAGCUUUUCAUCAGCAUCUGUUAUAGGUGUAUCGGAAACACGCCGUGCUCAGCGUGGAACAUUCCGACGCAAGUCAUACCAUAACUCAAAGCAAGUUAAAAAACUACAACAAACCUCGCAGGAUCUCUUUAAGGAAGAUAAAAAGGUUCUCAACUCUGAUUGAUUUAUCUCUGGUGUAACAUCAAAACGAGUUAAAUUUGACUUUCUUUCCACAUUUCAUCAGUCAUUUGAUAGCAGUCACAUGAAAGAUACAUUUGUAUUUUAUUAUGACAAAUGAUAGAUUUAUGAAAAAUCAAAGUGACUACUGAUUCGAAAUCAUAGUGAUUCAAAAUGAAAGGAUUACAAGACAAAGUAACCUUAUAUGGUAAAUUACAGUUGGGAAAGUUGCUGGAGGGCGUCAAAGAAAAACGUAAGGAAGAAGAGUUUACAUCCACCUGUGCUUUGUUCGUGUGUCACAAGUGGGAUCAAGUGAAAGAAAAAAAAGAAGAAAAGAAAGUGGAGAACCAUGUCAUCGAAAAGUUAAAGAAGUUCUAUCCUGAUAUUGUCCCAGAGAAACAGGUCGUUCAAAUGUCAACGAAGAAUGCCAGCAUAGCCCAAAACUACGGGAUCGUAACCAAAAGAUUUGUUUCUCUGAUGAAUUGUAUGAGAUCUAUGGUUUUAAGAAGCGUCAAAGCCAGGCUGGAAUUUUAUUGGAGGUAAGCAUCUAACUGUUAGUAUUCUCCUAUAGUCAUAUGUUCAUAUGCAUCGGUUAAUGCGAGGUGAAAAGAAACACAACCAGUGUUUCUUUUUGGAGUGUGGUAGAAAAUUGGCGAACGGGUUAAGUAGUUGCACGAAACAUUUCAAAAUAGGUAAGUAGCAUUACAUGGUCUGAAUCAAUGCCGAAGCAAAGGUUUUUGCUCAUUAAUAGAAGCUUUCAAGGGGUCAGUAAAACAGUUGUUGUCUACAUUUGUAUCGCCUCGACAAUACUCUGUUGAUCCUUGGUAUUGUGUUGGUUUCAUUAGAUGGCUAUAUGGACUUCUUUCUCAAAUAGUUUACCACGCAAAGGUCCAUAUGAAAAAUACUACAAGAGAACAGGAAGAAAUCCUGAAAUUAAUUAACUCUGUUAGCGUUCGUUUGAGUUACAUCGAAGAAAAACAAAAUGAAGUCAUGAAAGACCUCCACAACCAUCUGGAGAGUCGAACCAAGAGUGCAGUAAAAACCCUUUCCGAUUAUCUUUGUUCGGAUGAUAUAAGAUCGCAAUUUACUUCGUGGACCUCAGAUAAGGUACCAAAGACAGAGCCAUCUUGGGAGGUGACAGAGAGCAACAUCACAAAGGUGAUGGAAAACCGCCUGCAAGAGAUCAUAAAACGUUGGGAAGAAGACAACCAUGUGUUUACAGAUACUCGUGAGUCUCUUGUUCGGCACUUCAAGGAACGGUGCAAUUUUCUUGAAGGAGAACUCCGUAUUCUACAGGAAGCUCUAUUAUCUGACGAAAUCAUGCCACAAGAUCAUAGUGAAACAGGCUUCGGACUCACCAUAAAGGACAAGAUUGCCAUUUUUGUUACAAGCCCUAUCUGGGUUCCCCUUUCUCUCAUUGUCUUGGUGGUUGGUGCCCCUAAAGUUGGCGUAAUGGCGAUUAUGAGCAAGUUGGAGGACAAAAGAAGGAUCAGGAAAUAUGACGAAGACAAGUGUGCUUUCAUGAGACAAGCAUCCACCGAAUACUUGAAUGAAGUUACUAAAAAAGAAGAUGUGCUCAUGAACUUCGUGAAGGACCAACUGAAAGAUGCCGCUCUGUGUCUGAAGCAAAUUGAAGCCCGUAUUCCAGAGCUGAUUGAGGCUGACCAUUCUUUGUGUAAACAACUUUUGGAGGAAAAAAAAUCAACAAAAGACGUAAGAGACACUUAUAUACCGAUUUUGGAUGCAGCUUCAGAGAUCAGAGGUCGUCUGGCCGUUUUUGGACUUGAAGAGGGCCUCGCAGCCGGUAUCACCAGCGAGAUUUUGGACCUAAAAGGUCAAUCUGACUGUCUGGGUCGGGGUGCUUUUGCCUCUGUUUAUAGAGGAAUGAUGAAAACUGAGAACGGAGACGAACAAACUGUGGCAGUGAAGAUUUUCGCCGAAUCGCUUAAAGCAGAUAAUGCUUGCGACAUUGUCGAUGAAAUUGAAUUUUUAAAGUAAUUAAUUAAAAUUUUCCCAAAGCUUCAUUAUUUAAAUACAUUUGAUAAAUAUCCUGACUGACGAAGUAAGCAAAGCCCAAGAGAAAGCCUCCUUAAAGCAUACAGAACUGUUGCACGACCACUAUUCUUGAUCUCGAUCAUUAUUACAUAAAUUAUUUAAUUGAUUCUCAGGCGCGUCAUUAUAAGAUUUUGACGGGGUAACCUUAUGAUUUGCACGCAGCCCUUCCCAUCGAGAGGUUAGCGUCGAAGUUCUAGCCGGUACUCUGAUGCAUAUUUUUCAUCAUGAGUCGAAAUGAUAUUCCGGCGUACCGUUGGGGAAACCUGACUGAGCGCUGUUCGGGAAAACUUGCGAAGGAUUACCUUCUGUCUCAAAAUAGCCAGCAUUAUGCAAAUAUGUUCAGUCGUUUAGAAACAAGAUCAGCCACUUGGCGUGCUGUGGUCUUUUGCAUUGCUAUACUGGCACAACACGUUUUGUAGAGUAAACGAUAGAGGAAAAUAGGAAAAGAUAUCUAUGUACGAUAAUAAGACGACUAAGGGUAUGUUUCUUUGGGCUUCUACCUGUAGAGACGAUAUGCGGAAACAUUUUCAGGAUUUUAUUUUCUCUUCCUAUGAAAUGAAAGAAAGUAAAUUAACAACAUGACUUCCUACAGCUUUUCUUCUUUAAUUUAAAAAAACUUGAAUUCAUGGACGUUCAUCUUUACAAAUUUUCUUUCGACAACUGAAACUUUUGUGCUUAUACUUUCUUCACCAGAAAAUUAAAGCAUCCCAACGUUGUCACUUUUCAUGGCACAUCGCUUCUAAAGGAAGAUGGCGAAACCCGAGUAAUACUAGUCAUGGAAUACUGCAAGGAAAAUUUAAAGAAUCGCAUUUUCAGUAAUCCAGAAAGAGCCCCUGCGAAGUCUAAGAAUAUCGAUGCCAAAACAGACGCCUGUCAAUGGAUAAAGCAGAUAGUCACUGCCCUGUCCUUCAUUCAUGAUCAAAAAGUCGUUCACAGAGAUCUCAAACUGGAUAAUAUAUUGGUAUGGAACUAAGAGAAACGUUAUAGUUGGUGGCGAAAUAAAACACACGCCUUACCAUCAGACUAAACUUUUCAUUUGGGCACUUAAAGCUACUCUUUGGCUCUUGGAAAAUCUGUCAAUGACCAAGCUUUUUAUGUUAAGAUUGCUCAUACGAGAGAGAAAAGCUCUUUUUUUCUUUUACAGGCCUAAAGAUCUCUUUACUGCACAAAACGCAAACAAAAAAAAGGAAGGAAUUAGUUUGACCAGCAUUGAGCUAUUUUUAUCUAAGAUUUUAAUCUAAUUCUUAUAAAAAGCAAAUUAUAAUUCCUUUAACACGUCUUUCAGUGACUAGUCCUUCGAAAGAAUCUUCAAAACAAUCCCGUUGUAAUGUGAUGAUCAUGACAUAAUUCUAGAUCAUCCUUGUGCGCAUCAUUUAUCUUUUUUUCUUUUCACUUUAAAAGCUGUCAGCGACAAAUGAAGUGAAGAUAACCGACGUUGGCGUUUCCAAGGAUGUGAACAAGAUCACAGGAACUUUGGCAGGAACACCUGUUUAUGUGGCACCGGAAGUGUUUCACUCUCAGCUGUAUGACACGAAAGCAGACAUAUACAGCCUGGGGAUAAUUUUAUGGGAGAUGUGGUAUGGGCAGCAGGCCUUCAGUGAAUUCAGUGACAUACCAAGUCAUGUAGCUCUCUUUAACAUGGUGGAUGAGGGCCUUCGCCCAAAACAUGUGAAAGGCUGUAAUGAGCCGCCACGCCGCUGGAAAGAUUUGAUGGAGAGUUGCUGGAACAAAAAACCAGCGGAACGCCCAUCAGCUUCGCAUUGCCUCAAGGAAGCUAUUGAACUUCAUAGAGAGGCAAUGGAAGUUCUGUAA